GCCGGGCGGCCAGGCCGGGCGGGGCCGACCCGGGGCGGGGCGCUGUGCCGCAGCUGGAUGGCCGGGGCCGUCCGGAGCGCCUCCGCCGCCGUCGCCGCCGCACGCACGUGGCAUGCCUGGAUGUCCCUGCCCUGGUUGUGGCAUGGCGGGACAGAGGCUCCUCUUCCUCGCUGCUCUUGCCCUGGAGCUCCUGGGAGGGGCUGGGGGUUCCCAGCAGGCCUUCCGGAGCCGGGGGGUGGCAGCGGCCUGUCGCCUGGACAAUAAGGAAAGCGAGUCCUGGGGGGCCCUGCUGAGCGGAGAGAGGCUGGACACGUGGAUCUGCUCCCUCCUGGGCUCACUCAUGGUGGGGCUCAGCGGGGUCUUCCCAUUGCUCGUCAUUCCCUUGGAGAUGGGGACCACGCUGCGCUCAGAAGCUGGGGCCCGGCGCCUGAAGCAGCUGCUCAGCUUUGCCUUGGGGGGACUCCUGGGCAAUGUGUUUCUCCACCUGCUGCCCGAGGCGUGGGCCUACACGUACAGUGCCAGCCCUGGUGGUGAGGGGCAGAGCCUGCAGCAGCAACAGCAACUGGGACUGUGGGUCAUUGCUGGCUUCCUGACCUUCCUGGCGCUGGAGAAGAUGUUCUUGGACAGCAAGGAGAAGGAGGAGACUAGCCAGGCCCCCAGCAAAGACCCUGCAGCUGCGGCCGUGCUCAGUGGAGGCCACCAUCUGGCCCAGCCAGCUGCAGGGCCCGGCCUGAGCGCCGUGGUCCGGAGCAUCAAAGUCAGUGGCUAUCUCAACCUGCUGGCCAACACCAUAGACAACUUCACCCACGGGCUGGCUGUGGCUGCCAGCUUCCUUGUGAGCAAGAAGAUCGGGCUCCUGACCACCAUGGCCAUCCUCCUGCAUGAGAUCCCCCAUGAGGUGGGCGACUUUGCCAUCCUGCUCCGGGCCGGCUUUGACCGAUGGAGCGCAGCCAAGCUGCAGCUCUCGACGGCCUUGGGGGGCCUGCUGGGCGCCUGCUUCGCCAUCUGUACGCAGUCCCCCAAGGGAGUAGAGGAGACUGUGGCCUGGAUCCUGCCCUUCACCUCUGGCGGCUUUCUCUACAUCGCCCUGGUGAACGUGCUGCCCGACCUCUUGGAGGAAGAUGACCCAUGGCGCUCCCUGCAGCAAGUGCUUCUGCUCUGCACGGGCAUUGUGGUGAUGGUGCUGUUCUCGCUCUUCGUCGAGUAACUGUCCCUGACGCCCCACCCCCUGCACAGCGAUAAGAGACUCAGAUCGACUCUGUGACCGUGCGUGUGUGUGUGUGUGUGUGUGUGUGUGUGUGAGGCAGAGAGCGAGCGAGUCCUCCGACCUGACAAGAGGACGGGGUGUGUGUGUGGUGUGCACAUGUGACCGUGUGCAAGACCGACACUGUGAUCCCUCGUGUGCUGGGCCCAGGGCCCGGUGCCCACGCCUGCCCCCAGCCACACUGUGGUCUUCUCUCCUUGCCACCCUGUCAUCUUGCACCUCCUGGAGUCGGCAGUGAGGAACAGGAACACUGGUCCCAAGCAGAGGCCUCUGCCCACCAGGACGCCAGGAGGAGUGAGAGCAGCCCAAGGAGGCCAGGGCUGCAGGGAGCCCCAAAGCUGUCUCCUGCUGGGGCCUCAUGGGUCCCUGGCCUGAGGGAGUAAACCUCUCUGCACAUGCACCCAGCUCUGGGCAGCCAGAAAGCGAGGCUGGGGCGCCUCCUCUCUGCUGUGUCCAGUGUUCUGGCCCUUCCUUCACCAGCUCCAAGGCCAAAGAAAGGAGAGGCAGGUGCUCGUGUAGCCCCCAGCCCCACUCAGCACUGACAGUCCUACCCCUCCCAGCAUGGAGCCGGGAGAUGCUUUCUAAGACCUUUUCCCCGUGGCUGCUUGCCCUGGCCCAGCUCCUGUUCCCCCAGGGAAUGCUCCCUGGCAACGCCAGCGGCUCUGCCACCUCCAGCUGCCAAACAGCAGCCAGCAGGGCAGCGAGCAGCCCUGGGCCAGAGGCUUCCCAGUCGGCUCAGGGAUGCUCGUGCCAGCACAGGGUCCAGGCAGACACGCUGGGGGCAGGAAGAGAGUGAGCAGUGGCUGCCUGCCCCUGCCCCUGCCCCUGGCUUGGGCCCCUCUUCCUGUCCCACUGUGGGUGGGGUUAGGCGGGGGUGGCGAGGGCUCCACGUUGUCAGCACUCAGGAAUGUGCUCUGGGGAUGCUGAAGCCAUAAUCCCCAGCUAUUUCCCUUGGCUGACGCCCAGGUACUCAGCUGGCCCACUCCACAACCAGGCUCCAGCCCUGCUGCUUGACCGUGGGCGUCUUGAGACGUAGCCGUCAAGAGAGUCUGAAUGGUUUUAUGGCAGUUUUGCUGUGGUUCCAUUUGUAUCUGUAAAUACCUGUUCUAUAGAUGAGAUGCAAAUAAAUAUACACAAACUGGC